GUUACACAGGGCACCAUGGAAGAAGCAGGUGUGAGGUGCCAGCUGCUGGAGCUGAAGAAAGAGCUCAAGUGUUGGGAGGCAAUGUUCCAGAGGAAACAUGGAAGAAAACCAAACAAAGAGGAUGUGACCAAAGCCCUGCUGAAAUAAAGGAUACCUACAGACAGUACCAGAGAUUGAAAUCUGGAGGACAGAAAGUUGAAAUAUCAGGGAACCCAGAGGAUGACACCAAUGGAAUUAGUACAGCACAUAUAACUGGUGAGACUGCCACUGCAGAUGAAGUGUUUGGGUGCCAUCUGAACAAGAAGAAAGAAGUGAAGGAAGCGGGUGCUGAUGGAGAGGGGAGAGAGAGGGAGAGGAAAGGGCAAAAUGUGGAAGCUUCGUAAGUGGACCAAGAAUGGCGGGUACAAGACGGUCGUGGGUGCGACAGCUUCAAGUCCCCUGGAGACUAAUGACCAGGGAAAACAUCUCCCUGAAGAGAGAGAUGUAGCAGAAAUGGAAGACAUUUCGGCUCCAAAAACAGCCCAGAAGUCCAUUGAUGUUGAUGCUGAGUUGAACAAACUGUCGCAGAAGAUCAACAUGAAGAUAUCCCAAUCGCCACAGAAGAAACCUCAGAGUACGGAGACCGAAAAGUAUGCUGUCAUGCAGCACCACGGACAAGGUGCUGCUGCCACCAGACCCAGAAUGGGCUACAAUCUCUCCAGCCACUGGCUGCAGAGAUGCAAGCCUGACCUCGGCUCCCCGACUGAUACUGUCCCGUCCACAGAGAGAGUUUCACUGGGUGACAGUGACCUGUGUGAUGAUGGAAGACAAUGCAAAGAACGAGAAAGUGAAGAAAAACAUUCAGAAGGCUGUAGUGAUGACAACAGGAAAGCACAGGAGAAGAAGAAGGGAAAGAACAAGAGACUGAAGAAGAGACUGGAGAGGAAGAAAGAAGACGAAGAAGAGGAUGACAAUGAUGGAUGGGAUGGGAGGCUGCAGGGAUCAAGCAGUACACUCAUCUUUGACCCAGCCACAAGACAUGGCGACUGUACACCACUUGCCAACCACGUCAGCAAAGGCUUAAAUAGUCUUCCCAGUCCACCACCCGUUCCUCUUACUCUCACUGCUGCACCAACACCCACUCCAAAGCCAGUAACAGACACAAUCCCAACCAAACCAGUGGGAGACAGCUCUAAAUCUCUGUCGUGUCUGCCUCACUCUUCCAGCCUAUCUCCUCCUCCCAGCAGCAGAUACAGUAGUGGUCUGAGACUCUUGGAAAAGGUUUCUACUGCCACUGCUAUACCAACACCCAUUCCCAAAUCAGUAACUCUAACCAAGCCAUUGGAUGAUGUCUCUAAUUCUGCAUCAAAUCUGCCCCACUCUUCCAGCCUAUCCCCUCUGCCAAGCACUGGUCUGAGUCUCUUGGAAAAUGUUUCUGCUCCCACCGCCACACCGAAAAGUACUGCAAAGCCUGAAACAGUCACAAAACCAGUGGAAGACAGCUCUAAACCUCUGUCAAGUCCUCAUCACUCUGUCCCUCCACCCUCCACCAGCAGCAGCAGUAGUACUCUCGGACUAUUGGAAAAGAAGGAGAGCUAUGUAUCUGUGUCUGCCUCACUGGGGCCAAAGACCUGGCAGUCCAGAAACCGCAGCAACUGGAGAUUGCUCGAUGCUACCUGUAGUGGAGGUGAACCAACAAUUCUACAGAAAGAGAGUGGUAUAGGACACAAGACAAAAGUGGCUCCAGUGUUCACAUCCAGUGCCGUGAGCGAUAACUUUGUCCGCCUCAACCUCAAAGUCAAACGCUUCAGUCGCAAACCAGGCAGUGUUAUCAGUGGGUCUGCCUACAAGAGGAAGAUGUGGAAAAAGUCACAGAGAGGCAGUUACGGAGGAGGAGGAGGAGGAGGUGGUGGUGGAAGGGGAGGAGGAAGCAAUGCUUGUUUCAAAUGUGGUAAGCCGGGCCACUGGGCAAAGAACUGCACUGAGGGAGUUGGUUCAAAGAACUUGGGCUGUUUCGCUGGUGAGAAGGUCCAGUUCUCUGAGACAGUGGAGGAGGUAGCAGAGCUGGAUAGAGAAGGUCUCCAUCGACUGGCUAAGGAGAGUCCUUUCCCCAGUACAAGAGAGGCGGCUGUGAUGGCACGGGGAGUGAGUCUGGCUCAGAGCAGGGUGGAGAAGGGGCCAGAGAGGACCAGUGGUGGUGGGGAGGCUGAGUGUUUCCAGCCUCUUCCUCCGUGCAGGGUCUCAUCCCCCACUCCUCCUGCUCCGAUGGAACCUCUCUUCCCUCCCAACCAACCCUCAGAGGUGGAGAGAGAGAUGAUAGUUGCACUGAGAAAACUUGGUCACCAGUCUUUUCGUCCCGGCCAGGCUGACGCCAUAUCCAGGAUCCUAUCAGGGGUGUCUACGCUUCUGGUGCAGCCGACUGGGUCGGGCAAGUCUCUCUGCUACCAGCUGCCAGCCUACCUCUACUGCCAGAGGUCCUCUUGCAUCACUCUUGUCAUCUCACCCCUCGUCUCUCUCAUGGAAGACCAGGGGGCGUGUCUCCACACGAACCAGACGCAGGCCCAGAGGCAGAGGAUCACGGGUGACGUGGCGGAGGGCCGGGUCGACGUUCUACUGCUGUCCCCCGAGGCCCUCGUGUCUGGAGCCUUCUGGAGUGGCUGGGCCCGUGGGACUCUCUCCAGACUCCCGCCAGUGGCCUUUGCCUGCAUCGACGAGGCUCACUGUGUCUCGGAGUGGAGCCACAACUUCAGGCCGUCCUACCUCAGAGUUCACAAGGUACUGAGGGAGAGACUGGGAGUCCAGUGUGUCCUUGGUCUCACGGCAACAGCCACCAGGACCACGGCCCUCUCGGUGGCCUCUCACCUCAACGUGUCCCCUGAGAACAUCCUCCCUGGCUCCACCAUCCCCAGCAACCUCCACGUCACCGCCUCCUGUGACGACAACAGAGACGACGCUCUCCAGCAGCUGUUGCAGAGCUCAAGAAUGAGAGACUGUCAGUCCAUCAUCAUCUACUGCACCAGACAAAUGGAGACGGAGAGGGUCGCUCAACUCCUGAGAACGUCUCUCCAGUUCUUCCCGACUCACCGCGACGGAGACCAGGACACAGAUAAUGACAGGGAGGUCCCCACUGACGAGGACGGGGGACGUCAAAGACGGGUAGUCAGGGAGGAAAGAAGCAAGAAGGCCAGGUUGGAGUGGUCGGUGGAGAGCUACCACGCGGGGAUGUCGGAAGGCGAGCGGAAGAGAAUCCAGUUGGCGUUCAUGACGGGGAGACUGAGGAUGGUGGUGGCCACGGUGGCAUUUGGGAUGGGGCUGAACAAGUCAGACGUCAGGGCCAUCAUCCACUACAACGUUCCCAAGAGUUUCGAGUCCUACGUCCAAGAGAUUGGGAGAGCCGGUAGAGAUGGGGAGCCAGCCUACUGCCACGUGUUCAUUGACAAACAGGGAAAGGAUUUGUGCGAACUUCGUCGACAUGCCUACAGCAACACAGUCGACCCGUACUCGGUGAAGCGGCUGGUCACGAAGGUGUUUCUCUCCUGUCACUGCAAGCCAGCUGCGGCAGCUGACUCUGACGGAGACAGUGGCGGCCCUCUGCAGCCACUCUCUGCCCCCGACCGAUGCUGUCCCGGUCACGAAGUCUCAGUCCCAAUAGAGGGCAUGGUUCAGACACUGGAUGUGAAAGAGGAGUGUAUUCAGACCCUGCUGUGCUACCUGGAGCUCCAGGGCUGGCUGGAGAUGAAGGGGACAGUCAAGGAUCUCUGUAGUCUCAAGUGCUACGGUGGACCUCGACAGCUGAGGGCUCUGGCUCAGAAGGUGCCUGCAGUAGCUGCCGCGUCUGCCAGAAUACGGGAAACAGGGACCUGCCUGGACAUGCAGAGCUCCAUCAGCUUCUCGUGCAUCGAGGUGGCCAGUUCCAUGGGCUGGGAGUCGCACAUCCUCCGCAGCGAGCUACGCGACCUCCAGUUCAACGAUCGCGGGACCGGAUCCUCUUCCUCCUCCUCAAAAAACAACUCUGGUAGCUCCAUUCUGGUGGAGUUCAGUGAUCCUUCGUUUCACCUGGUGUCCCCCGGUGAUCUGAGCCCCGAGCAGCUAGACUACGUCUGUGACCAUCUCCAGAGCAGAGUGAAGGCACAGGAAACACUGCAAGUGGACAAACUCCACCUGCUCUACAGCGUACUACGCUCGGUCGCCUUCCGCGACAUUUACGAGUACUUUGCAGACGACGAGACGACCUCGUCUGCACAGGGGCGCCUCAUGGGACUCGUCAAUGACUAUUUUGAAGACAUUUUAGACUGUGCAACGGCCCCAGAGAGAGGCAUAAGCGUAUUGAAACUUCCGUCUGAGGUCCCGGCUGAAUUAGAAGCGGAGAUCUCGCGUGAUGUCUACAGUCUGAUGUCAAUUCACUCGGAGAGGAACUUUUCCGGCCGAACUAUUGCUAGGAUCUUUCACGGCAUCGCUAGUCCGUGUUUCCCGGCGCAGGUGUGGGCCAAACAGCAGCGGUUCUGGAGGCGACACCUCUCAGUGGACUUCAACACCUUGUGCAGGAUUGCCACCAAAGUCACCCUCCAGAUCCUGCAUACAUAGCUAGUACAUCAAGGCCAUCCUUGUAAUGGUCAAAAUCUGCAUCUGUGUAUAUACACAUGUAUAUAACUACGAAAUUUUAACGUGUCCCACGUACAGUGGGAUACUGGUGCACCAUUUUCACAGCAGCGGCGUUGAACUAUUACAACCUGUC